GCGAGCGCACGCUGAGCAGGUGGUUGGUGUUCCGGAAUAUCGCCUAAUAUAAAAUACGUACUAACUGAAUACACUUCAAUAUUCGCUGUCGAAUAGUGGCUAUACGUCGCGCGUAGAAUUAUGUACAGAUCGCUUUGACAUUUUUAGCUUGUUAAUCUGAUAUGGUUUUGUGUAUUGUUUUAUUUUGAUUGUCGCAUGUGUGGUGUUUUGUGUAAAAUGCAGUGGCUCGGGGGAAACCCCAGCAUCUUCCAUCUCAUAUCUGUAGUAGGACUAUGUUACUGGACUAUUUCGAUUGUCUUAGCCGACACUAGGCUGACUCCGGGAUCAGGUGAUCCCUCUGGCGUGAUAUGUGACUUAGGAAUGUUUCGAUGUCCCGAGGGAAAGUGUAUCCCUUCGCUUUGGGUCUGCAAUUACCAGAAGGACUGUGAGAAGGGUGAAGAUGAAUUUCAAGCUUGCCCUCCACCCGAUUGCGAGCCUGGGCAGCUGACAUGUCGUCAAUAUAUGUGGAACAAAACAUAUUGUAUUCCACCACACUACCGCUGUGAUAAAACUAUUGACUGUAUCGACGGGUCCGAUGAAACCGAAUGCACAUACAGACAGUGCCAAACCGAUGAUUUUCAUUGUGGGACCAAACCAGCCGACCCUUGUAUUCCAAAAGAAAAGAAAUGUGAUGGAUAUUUGGAUUGCCGGUCAGGAAAAGAUGAACAGAACUGCCCAACGGGAGUCGCAUGUCGUCUAGAUCAGUUCAGAUGCAGUAAUGGAAAUCGUUGUAUCGAAUCUUCUCAAAAAUGCGAUCACAAAAACGACUGCGGAGAUAACUCAGAUGAGCAAGGAUGCAACUUUCCAAUCUGCCAUGGAGUACAAUUUAGAUGUUCUAAUGCCCUUUGUAUUCCUGGGGCUUUUCACUGUGAUGGAUAUCAAGAUUGCGCAGAUGGGUCUGAUGAGGUGAAUUGCACUGCGAUCGCAUGCCCAGAGAAUAAGUUUUUGUGUCCAAGUGGAAACGGACCUGGUAUACACAAAUGCAUUGCUAAAAACAAACUCUGUGAUGGAAAAAAAGACUGUGAAGAUAAUGCCGAUGAAGAGAUAGCAUGCUCGAAACUAUCGUGUCCUUCUCUCGGUUGCGAAUACAAAUGCCAAGCUUCUUUAACCGGAGGAACUUGCUAUUGUCCGGAUGGAAAAACAUUAGCUCCAGACAACCGAACCUGUGCUGACAGAAACGAAUGUAAUGAAUGGGGAUUCUGCGAUCAGCUCUGUACAAAUACUGCUGGAAGUUACAGUUGUGCCUGUGCCCCGGGAUAUAUUCUCGACAAGAACAGAUGUAGAGCUCAAAACAGUUCCUCACUUCUUUUGUAUUUUGCACAUGAGAAAUCAAUUUUUAGCAUGAAUCCGGCUGGUAAUAACGUUAAAAUUGUUGUUAAUACUACAGGUGCAAGUGGACUUGAUUUCCAUUACGGUUUAAAUCUACUCUAUUGGUCGGAUGUCAAAACUAAAAGGAUCCAUUCACAACCAUUAUAUGGAAACAACACCUUCGCAAAACCAGAUGUGGACAUUGCCCUCCUUGGAACAUGGCUACCAGUCGCUAUAGCAGUAGACUGGAUAGGAAAUAAAUUGUACGUUGCCGAUUCUGUUGGACAAAAAAUAGAUAUUUUUGAGUUGCAAGAACGAGGCCACGCCAUUGUGUUGGGUUCAAAUUUAACGAACCCUUCUGAUAUAGCUUUAGAUCCAACUAUCGGUUAUAUGUUUGUCGCAGACAGUUCACAGGUACUUAGAGCUAAUAUGGACGGAACGAAUACGGUAUCUAUAGUAUCCGAGGCGGCAUAUAAAGCUUCUGGAAUUGCCAUCGACAUUAUAGCAAGACGAGUGUACUGGUGCGACUCUCUACUCGACUAUAUAGAAACGGUAGAUUAUGACGGGAAAAACAGAUUUUUAGUUGUGCGAGGUCAGCCUGUGCCUAGCCCUGCGAGACUGGCUCUGUUCGAAAGUCGGGUUUACUGGACCGAUGGAACAAAACAGGGUGUUAUGUCUGUUGAUAAAUAUGAGACGAGCACUAUUCAUUCCAUAUAUCGAAUGCGCGAUAUCAGAGACCCAAAGGCUAUCAAAACGGUGCAUCCGUUAACUCAGCCAUAUGUAAGCAACCCUUGUGGACAUAAUAAUGGCGGUUGCCAGCACAUGUGUGUAAUAACCAACACGGGUUCAGUUCUCGGAUUCCGAUGUGCCUGCAAUAUCGGUUAUCGAUUAAGAGCAGAUGAAAGAAAUUGUGAUUUAGUUACGGACUUCCUAAUGUAUUCUCAACAGAGAUUUAUUAAGGGGAAGAUUUUAGAUCCUGUGAUUGAUGGAUUUAGUGAUGCUAUGCUUCCCGUAGUUUCGCGAAGAGCAAGAUUUGUAGGUCUCGACUUUGACGCUUUUGAUCAGCACAUAUAUUACUCUGAUGUACUUCAAGAUGUCAUUUAUCGAGUACACCGAAAUGGCACAUCUAAAGAAAUAGUUUUAGCUUCUCAAAACGAAGGAGUAGAGGGUUUGGCUGUAGACUGGGCAGCAAAAAAUUUAUACUAUAUAGACAGUCGCAAAGGAACCUUAAAUGUCCUAUCUACUCGCAAUGUCACUUAUAGAAGAACGUUAUUAAAAAAUCUCAAGAGACCGAGAGCGAUUGUUGUUCAUCCAAAUAAGGGAUACAUAUUUUUCUCAGAAUGGGACAGGCCGGCAAACAUUUCCAGAGCUCUAAGCGAUGGCACAAAUUUAACAGUUUUUAAAAAUCUUACGCUUGGCUGGCCAAACGGAUUGUCGAUAGAUUUUACAAGUGAUCAGCUUUAUUGGUGCGACGCUCUCCUGGAUCAUGUUCAACAUUCGAAUUUGGAUGGCACUGAUGUGAAGACCGUUAACUCCAGGCUUAUAAGACAUCCCUUCAGCAUUGUAAUUUAUAAUGAUUUCAUGUAUAUAACGGAUUGGAGGUUAGAUGCAAUAAUCAAACUUCAUAAAUUAACUGGAGACUCCGAAGAAAUUUUAGUUAGGGAACCACAGACUAACAGACUGUACGGAGUGAAGAUUUACAGUGAAAUGGAACAAUCCGUAAGUAUAGGGCAUCCUUGUUUCAACAAUAACGGGGGAUGUGAGAAACUAUGCUUUGCCAUUUCAAAAGAACAUACGUCUGAACUUGAAGCUAAAUGUGCUUGCCCAUAUGGUGAAACCUUAACGAAUGACGGGAAAACAUGUCAAGCGGAUCCGAAUCAUGAGCCUCCCGUACAAGCUUGCACCAACAGCUGGGACUUUACUUGUAACAACCAACGCUGCAUACCAAAGUCGUGGGUGUGCGACGGAGACGACGACUGCUUGGACAACAGCGACGAGGAACAAAACUGUACAAAACCAACGUGUAAUACAAAUGAGUUUCAAUGUAAAUCGGGUCGAUGUAUUCCCAUGACAUUCAAAUGCGACGCAGAAAACGACUGCGGUGAUUUUAGUGACGAAACCGGUUGUGUGAACGUGACCUGCAGUGCCACUCAGUUUCAUUGUGAUAAUGGUCGGUGUAUACCUAAUACCUGGAAAUGCGAUUCGGAGAAUGAUUGUGGAGACGGUUCGGAUGAAGGGGACACUUGUGCUGAGAAAACAUGUGCGUACUAUCAGUUUACCUGCCCCAGAACUGGCCACUGCAUACCUCAGAACUGGGUGUGUGAUGGAGAUGAUGAUUGCUUUGAUAAACAGGAUGAACAAGACUGUCCUCCGAUUACUUGUCAACCGAAUCAGUUUAAGUGCGCCGACUUGAGACAGUGUAUUCAGGAAAGUUAUAAAUGCGAUGGAAUUCCAGACUGCAAUGAUGGAAGUGACGAAUUAGGAUGUCCGUCUAUUGAACCAAAUCAAUGCAACUUUGAGAAACAGUUUCAAUGCCAGUCAUCGGGUAUAUGUAUUCCUAAAACAUGGCACUGCGAUGGUACACCUGACUGCGAUGACAGAUCCGACGAGCCCGAAUCUUGUGGCAACAUCGAUUGCCCUAACAACUUCUACAAAUGUAACAGUACCAAGUGCAUAUUUAAGGCGUAUAUUUGUGAUGGUAAAGAAGAUUGCGAAGAUGGAUCCGAUGAAAGUUACAUUCACGCUUGUGGAAGACCUCCGUUCAGAUGUCCGGCGGGACAGUGGCAGUGCCCAAAUGUGACAGAGCGAUGUGUUAAUUUAACGACCGUUUGCGAUGGCAAACCAGACUGCCCUAAUGGAGCGGAUGAAGGACCAGAUUGUGAUUUUGAUGAAUGUCAACAUCAGGGAGGGUUAUGUUCUAAUGGAUGUAAACAAACUCCGCAGGGCCCACUAUGCUUAUGUCCAAAAGGUGAAACGUUAAGAGCAGAUGGAACCAACUGUGAAGAUCUCAACGAAUGUGACCCACCUGGUAUUUGUUCGCAAAAUUGCAUCAAUACGAAAGGCUCCUACUUCUGCAGUUGCGUACCCGGAUAUAUUCUAGAACCUAAUAAACAUUCCUGCAAAGCUUACAAUCACUCUUCGGCAUUUUUAAUUAUAUCGAACCGACAUUCAAUUCUGGUGGCGGACCUAAAAGACCAAGGGUUGGAAAGAGUGCCAAUUAUCGUCGAAAACGUUGUGGCGACAGCUUCCAACAUGCAUACAGGAACAAUAUUCUGGUCCGAUAUGAAGUUAAAAAAAAUUUCUAAACUGGACAGGGGCAGUGAACCCGUGGAAAUAAUAUCUAAUGGUUUGGAUUUAGUGGAAGGUCUGGCGUACGAUUGGAUAGGAAAAAAUAUUUACUGGUUAGAUUCUAAGUUAAACACAAUCGAAGUUGCAAAAGAAAAUGGAUCUAACCGAAUAGUGUUGGUAAGGGAAAAUAUAACCCAACCUCGUGGAAUGUGCUUAGAUCCCAGUCCCGGAACAAGAUGGCUCUUUUGGACGGAUUGGGGCGAAAACCCUCGUAUCGAACGUAUUGGAAUGGAUGGAACAAAUCGUUCGACUAUAAUAAAUACCAAAAUAUACUGGCCUAAUGGUUUAACACUGGAUACAGCCACCCAAAGGGUUUACUUUGCCGACUCUAAACUCGAUUUCAUAGACUUCUGCUACUAUAACGGCAGUGGGCGCCAACAAGUCUUAGCUGGUAGUCACUACCUCCUUCAUCCCCAUUCCCUUACAUUGUUCGAAGACACCCUCUACUGGACAGAUAGACAACUGAACAGAGUAUUGUCAGCUCACAAGUAUAAAGGCAACAACCAAACUGUCGUGUCGCAUUUGAUUUCCCAACCGUUGAGCAUACACGUGCACCAUCCUUCACUGCAACCCAUAACGGAAAAUCCCUGUUCGUUAGCACCUUGUGAACACAUCUGCCUUUUGUCUCCAAGCAGUAGCACUGGUUACACUUGUAAGUGCAAGGCAGGUUUUAAAUUGAACUCGGACUCUAGGUGCAUCGAGGAAGACACAGCUUUCCUGAUGUUAAUGAGAGGGUCUCAAAUAGUCGAUGUUCCGUUAACACCUGGAGACAGCUCUGUCGGUUCUAUCACGCCAAUUGUGGGCAUUGAAAAUGGCAUACAAAUCGACUAUGAUAGGAAAAAUAAUCUAAUAUUCUGGGUGGAAAGUAAGGACGACCAGGGAGAAAAUUGUACCAUAUGGUCGACUCCAUACAGCGGAGGAAACAAAACUCAACUCCUUGGAAUCGACUCGGGAAUUGUAGGCUCACCUUCUACGGUAGCGUUUGACUGGUUAGGAAGAAACUUAUUUAUAGGAAACCGUUUAGCCAGUAACUUGGAAGUCGUAAGAAUUGACGGGAAAAUCAAGCACAGAAGUAUUAUAUUAGCCAACGAUGGUAACAAAACUUCAGUUGCCAAACCAAAGUCCAUUUGUUUAGACCCAACCGAUGGAAAAUUGUAUUGGACUGAUGAUGGUGGUUACGGAGUACCCCAGAAAAUCGGUAAAGUCAAUAUGGACGGGUCUAACCCAAUCAUACUUGUGGAUGAUAUUGAAAGACCAGAUGCAUUAACAAUUGAUAUCGACAGUAAAACUCUGUACUACAGUAUGCAAUUUCCACCUCUCAUAGGGACCAUUGACGUAUAUGGAAAUAAAAGAACUACUCUCUUAACGGAAGCUAAUCACAUAAACAUGCCAAAAGCCUUAGGAGUUAUUGGCAAUCGCCUGUUCUAUCUGGACCCCAGCUAUGAAAAAUUGGUACAAGUAGCUCUUCCCUCAGGUGGAAGUCCUAGAGCUAUUCUAGAAAACGAACCAGAUUUAAAAACAUUCACCAUCUUCAAGAAAAGACCUCUUGGUGACCAUCCCUGUUUACAAAAUAACGGCGGAUGUGAACACCUUUGUAUACCCGCAGAAGGCAGGUCUCGAACUUGUGCUUGUAGUAUCGGUUACAAAAAGGACGACAACAGUUGCUCCCCAUACAAAACAUUUGCCGUUGUGACGCAACUGGAUAUGACCAGAGGUUACAGUUUGAAAGACAGCUCGGAGGCUAUGGUUCCCAUAACGGGAACCGGCCAUCACAUCUUGCACGUAGAUGUGCACUAUGCCGAAAAUUGGAUAUACUGGGUGGAAUUUAACCGGGGUGUGUGGAACGGUAUAUUCAGAGUACGACCGAAUGGCACAGAAUUACAACACAUUAUAAAAGACGGCAUAGGAAGCAAUGGAAUUCGUGGUUUAACUAUCGAUUGGGUAGCUGGUAACAUGUAUUUUACAAACGUAUUCCCACAUGAAAAUUACGUAGAAGUAUGUUGGUUAGACGGAACCAACAGAAAAGUUAUUGUCAAAACAACCUCUGAUGCCCCUAGAGAACUAGCUGUAAAUCCAAUAAAACGAAUUCUUUACUGGAUCGAUUACGGGCAAUACCCCAGGAUAGGAAAAGCUAACCUCGACGGAUCCGACUGGCGGCCAAUAGUCACAUCCGGUAUAAGCAAUCCGAGAGAUUUAACAAUUGACAUGAACACUCACGAUGUGUACUGGGUCGACUCGAAGUUAGACAUGAUUCAAAAAAUAUCUUUCAGCGGUGCUCAUAGACAAGUUAUUCGUCGCAAUCUGCCAAAUCCGAUGGGCAUAGCAGUGUACAAGUCUGACGUCUAUUGGGUCGAUCGUAACUUAAAAGUUGUAUUUAAAGCAUCGAAAUUGCCAGGAAACACCUCUCUACCGACACGCGUUAGAACAAAUUUGGAUAAAUUAAGAGAUAUAGCAAUCUUUGAUAUCACUAAUCAGCCAACAGAUGACACGAAUCCGUGCAGAAAAUAUGGAAGCAGUCCUUGCAAGCAACUCUGCUUCGCUUUCCCCGUAGGUCUAGGGGCAGAUCAAGGACCUUCGUUUAGGUGUGAUUGCGCGAUAGGAAACAUCUCCAAGAAUGGUCACGAUUGUGAAUUCGUAAAUGAAUAUCUAAUUUUCUCGACUAGAACAGAAGUAAGGGCCAUUAAUUUAGAUCCACAUUCCACAAAUGUUCCCUUCAGCCCUAUAGGAAAUCUAACCAAUGUGGUAGGAAUCGAUUUUGACUAUAAACACCAGAACAUAUUCUUUACUCAAAUUAGACCGUGGGCACGUAUAGCUCAAAUGCCUGCCACUUCCCCGGAUGGUAAGUCUAUUAUUAACAUAAAAAACAAAGGUAUUAACCCUGAAGGCAUUGCGUAUGACUGGACCCAGCAGAAGGUAUAUUGGACCGAUUCUUCAAACCACAGUAUUUACUCAAUGAAUUUAGACGGAACGGAUCUAGUUAUGAUUGCAAGAGUAGAAAGGCCAAGAGCCAUCGUGAUCGAUCCGUGUAACGGUACCCUAUUUUACACCGACUGGGGCAAGUUUGGAACUUCGGGAAAAAUUUUAAGGACAACUAUGGCCGGGUCAUUAAAGAAAGUGAUAAUAGACAAGAAUUUAGCACAACCCUCAGGCUUGGCUAUAGACUAUGACGAUAAAAUGUUGUAUUGGACGGAUGCCGUUCGGGAAAAAAUCGAAAGAUCAGAUUUCAACGGAAAAAAUAGAGAAGUCUUGAUAACGGCUACUAUUUAUCCAUUUUCGAUAACAGUAUUUGGAAAUUACAUGUACUGGACUGAUUUACAACUAAAGGGUGUUUACAGAGCGGAGAAACAUACGGGUGCGAACAUGAUUGAAAUGGUCAAGAGACUGGAAGACAGUCCAAGAGAUAUUCAGGUCUACUCAGAGAAACGUCAAAGGUGUUCCGUAAAUCCUUGCAAUAUCAAUAAUGGUGGAUGUGCUCAGAGUUGCCAUCCGGGGCCAAAUGAUACCGCCGAAUGUAAAUGCGAUGAAAAUACGAAGCUGGUUAACGAAGGUAGAAUGUGCGUAAACAAAAAUUUAAGUUGUGAUUCCAGCAAAUUUUACUGCGGUAAUGGUAGAUGUAUUUCAAGAAUGUGGGCUUGUGAUGGAGAAGAUGAUUGUGGGGAUAACAGUGAUGAAGACACAAAGUAUUGCUCUUUCCAUUCGUGUUCUACAAAUGAAUUCCGUUGCGCUAAUGGCAGAUGCAUAUUCAAAUCCUGGAAAUGCGACCAUGAAAACGAUUGCAAAGAUGGGUCGGAUGAAACGGAUUGUCAGUACCCACCUUGUGAAGAAGGAGAAUUUACAUGUGCCAAUCACAGAUGCAUACCAAUGGCUCAGGUUUGUAAUGGAGUAAACGAUUGUAAGGACAACAUAACCUCUGAUGAAACGCAUGAAAGAUGUCCUCAAAACACGACGUGCCCCACUAAUCACUUGAAAUGUGAAAAAACAAAUAUAUGCGUUGAACCUUAUUGGCUUUGCGAUGGAGACAAUGAUUGUGGUGAUAACUCUGAUGAAAAUCCGUUACACUGUGCUCAAAGAACUUGCCCGCAGAGCAGCUUCAGAUGUUCAAAUCACCGUUGUAUACCUGCGACAUGGUAUUGUGAUGGAGAUGAUGACUGUGGGGAUGGAGCUGACGAACCACCAGAAUACUGUAAAAGUGAUGGCCGCACUUGUUUUGGAGACCUGUUCACUUGUGACAAUGGAAACUGUGUACCGAGGAUUUAUAUUUGUGACGGUGACAAUGACUGUUUGGAUAACAGCGAUGAAGAUAGUCGACAUGAAUGCAAUGAUAGAAAAUGUGACGAAGAAACAGAGUUCACUUGUGAAGCUAAUAAAGACUGGAAUCGGGCUCAGUGCAUACCAAGAAAAUGGCUAUGUGAUGGAGACCCUGACUGUGUAGAUGGCGCCGAUGAAAAUGCUACGUUGCACAAUUGCGCUAGCCCACAGCCUUGUAGUGAGGAACAAUUUACUUGUGCUAACGGCAGAUGUAUUAAUAAGGGGUGGCUUUGUGAUCACGACAAUGAUUGUGGAGAUGGUACCGACGAAGGAAAGGAAUGCAACUCAAAAUAUAAAACUUGCUCCACCGCAGAAUUUACCUGUCAGAAUUUCAAAUGUAUUCGAAAUCAAUACCGAUGCGAUGGAGAAGAUGAUUGCGGUGAUCAUUCUGACGAGGUUGACUGCAAAAAAGAAAACACGACGUGUGCCAUUCCAGGACAAUUUAGGUGCAAUAACGGCCAAUGUAUCGACUACCACUUGGUUUGCAAUAAAGUAUCCGACUGUUCGGAUGAUUCAGACGAACCUUUGCAUUGCAAUGUAGAUGAAUGCGCCAAAGUCGAAAUACAUCAGUGUGGACACAAAUGUAUCGAUACCCCUACUGGAUAUUAUUGCGAAUGCAAUCAAGGCUAUAAGCUAUUGGAAGAUGGCAAAGCAUGUUCGGAUGUAGACGAAUGUAUCGAAAAACCUGGAGUUUGUUCGCAAUACUGUUCAAACACUCCCGGAAGUUAUUACUGCAAAUGUAACGAUCAGUUUUAUGAACGGGAAACGGAUGAGCACACCUGCAAACGUAAAGACAAAGUUGAGCCGUGGAUUAUAUUUACGAACAAGUAUUACAUAAGGAACAUGUCCGUAGAUGCCCAUGUUUAUAAUUUGGUUCACCAAGACUUGAUGAAUGUCGUCGCGUUGGAUUAUGACAUGAUGGAACAGAAAUUAUACUUCUGCGACGUAACCGCAAAAACCAUAUAUAGAAGUAAAAUUGGUGGUGGUGAAAAAGAACCUGUUGUCCGUCACGAUUCGCACGGUUUAGAAGGUAUCUCAAUUGACUGGAUAGGACGGAAGCUGUACUGGUUGGACAGACACUCUAAGAAUCUUGAUGUUGCGGAGCUGAAUGGUACAAAUCGCAAGACCCUUAAAACUAGCAUACCCGAUCCGAGAGCCCUCGUUGUUCACCCGGGAACCGGUUAUUUAUAUUUCACUUCGUGGCACUUACAAGCUUAUAUAGGAAAACUGGGAAUGGACGGUUCAAAUUUCACUAGAAUCCUUAACUGGCAAGACGACAUAGCCUGGCCCAACGCUUUAACGAUAGACUUCUUCACGGAUCGUUUAUAUUGGGCUGACGCACAUUUGGACUACAUAGCGUUCUCCGACUUGGAAGGAAGACAUCGCCAUAUAGUAAUUUCAGGGAAUGCAGUACCGCACGUGUUCGCUCUUUCGCUGUUUGAUGAUUACAUCUAUUGGACGGAUUGGAACUUAAAAGCUAUUAGCAAGGCGAAUAAGUUUAAUGGAAAAAAUUUACAAGUUUUACGCAAUACUACGCACAAACCUUACGAUAUUCACGUAUUCCAUCCGCUGAGACAACUUCCGUAUAACAAUCCGUGUAGUAUUAAUAACGGUAAUUGUUCACAUUUGUGUUUGAUUGCCCCGCCACUCGCUUCUAGUUACUUAAAUAUUGACGGUUAUGGUGAGGAAGGCCAAACCACUUACAAAUGUGCUUGUCCAAAUCAGUUCUACUUGGCGCUCGAUGGAAGAACUUGUAUAGCUAAUUGCACGGCAGGACAGUGGCAAUGUAAAGGAAAUGAUGAAAAAUGUAUACCGUGGUUCUGGCAAUGUGAUGGAGAAAGAGAUUGUAAAGACGGGUCAGACGAGCCUACAACCUGCCCUCCCAGACAAUGUAGAGCGGGAACAUUCCAGUGUAAGAACGGAAAUUGUACUCCUUCUGCUACAAUAUGCGACGGUAUCGAUGACUGUGGAGAUAACUCAGAUGAACAGAACUGUGAUAAAGAAUGCCCUGAAUUAGAAAUGAAGUGCCGUUCAAACGGACGGUGCAUCUUAAACAGCUGGAAAUGUGAUGGAGACGCUGACUGCAAAGAUGGUUCAGACGAAGAUCCUGAAAUUUGUCACAAGCGUGCAUGUGACCCGGAUACUGAAUUCUCAUGUAAAAAUGGUCGCUGCAUACCUAAACUAUGGAUGUGUGAUUUUGACAAUGACUGCGGGGAUGACUCGGACGAACCAGCUUAUAUGUGCAGGCAGAAGAAUUGUACGACCGGCUGGCAGCGUUGCCCCGGAAGAGCUAAUUACAGGUGCAUACCGAAAUGGCUGUUCUGUGACGGUAAAGAUGAUUGUCGAGACAAUUCCGACGAAUUGCCAGAGAAUUGCCCACAGUGCAAUACUGAAACGGACUUCAAGUGCAAAAAUAACCGUUGCGUACCGAAGCAGUGGAGAUGUGACUUCUCCGACGACUGUGGGGAUGGGUCGGACGAGUUAGAGGAAGAUUGUAAAGGUGCCUACAGAGAGUGUUCAGAAUCAGAAUUCCGUUGUGCAAACGGCAAGUGCAUAUCAUCGCGUUGGCGCUGUGAUCACGAAGACGACUGUGGAGAUAACUCUGACGAAAGUGGAUGCAGCGGAUUCCAGUGUAAAAAUGGUACAUUCCAAUGUGCCUCUGGACACUGUAUCGCGUCAUACUUCCGUUGUGACGGCGAUCGUGACUGUAGAGACAUGUCAGAUGAAAAGAACUGCCCUCCCAGAUAUCCAGGUGGUAAAUAUUGCCCGGAAUCCAAAUUCCAAUGUGACAAUCACUUAUGCAUAAGUCAAGCAGAUCUUUGUGACGGAGCGGACGACUGCGGUGACGGUUCUGAUGAGUCUCCUGCGUUAUGCACAAACUUCAACUGUGAUACAUUGAAGAGAUUCCAAUGUGCCAAUCAUAAAUGUAUACCUCGUUAUCAACUAUGUGACGGAAUCGACAACUGUGGUGAUGGAUCGGACGAAAAUAAUAUGACGCUGUGCGCAACCAAAAUAAAACCAUGCAAUUCGUUGACCGAAUACAAAUGUGCCAACAAAAAAUGUAUCGACAGAAAGCAAGUGUGCGAUUUUGCAGACGAUUGUGGUGACAGCUCUGAUGAGUUAGGCUGUCAUCAUAAUAACGUUUGUUCGGAAGAUACCAAAGGAGGUUGCGAACACCACUGCAUGAAUCUAACAGACGGUGGAUACAUUUGCGCUUGUUAUUCAGGAUUUAUUAUAUCCAAAGAAAAUCGUAAGGUAUGUUUAGAUGUGGAUGAGUGCGCCACGGGUGCUCAUCACUGUUCCCAAAUAUGUACCAACUUGAACGGAACAUAUGCUUGCUCGUGUCUCGAUGGAUUUAAAUUGUCGGAUAAUUUGUCCGGAGUUUGUAAAUCUGAAAGGGAAGAUGUUGCUUUACUAUUUGCCAAUGGCCCAGAGAUUAGGUCGAUAGAUCUGAAAGACAGGGACGAAAUUGGAGUGAUUAUGGAAGAAAAGAGGAUUGAAGCUGUGGACUAUAAUCCCAACACAGAAAUGAUAUAUUGGGCGGACAGUUACGAUAAAACGAUAAAACGUUCAUUUAUGAUCGACGCAAAGGACGGAAAAGUAAAAGCUGGGUACGCGCAAGACCUGAAAAUGAAAGGAAACUCAAAACCGACCGCGUUGGCGGUUGAUUGGAUAAGUAAUCAUCUGUACUGGACGGAAACCGAUCGUGCCGGCUCUAAACCUAAAGGCAGAGUUAUGGUUGCCGAAUCCGACGGUAGAUACCGUAGGUCGCUUGUUAAUGUCGGCCUUGAAAAUCCCACGUCAAUUGUAGUGGAUCCUCAGUUAGGCAGAAUGUUCUGGACCGAUGCCGGUUCUGCUCCAAAGAUUGAGGUAGCUUGGAUGGACGGAUCGAAACGUAGGCCACUUGUUACAGAAGAAAUCCGUCAUCCCACCGGGUUGGCGAUCGAUUAUGCAAUGGGCCAUACACUGUAUUGGGUUGAUACGAAGCUGAACAAUAUUGAGACCAUGAACUAUGACGGCCGUAAUCGUAGGACGUUAAUAAGAGGAGGGAUGAUUAAACAUCCUAUUUCUUUAGACGUAUUUGAAUCCAAUCUGUACUGGGUCACGAAGGACACUGGAGAGUUAGUAAAGCAGGAUAAGUUUGGUCGGGGAGUCCCAGUAACCAUUCAGAAAGAUUUAUUGAAUCCUUCGAGUGUUAAAGUUUAUCACGAUCUUCGAUACAACAAAUCUUUAUCGAAUCCAUGCAGCAACCACCACUGUUCCCAUUUGUGUCUGAUAAUUCCAAAUGGUCACAGAUGUUCUUGCCCAGAUUCUUCUGCGCCCAGCCACAAAGUGAAAGCCGAUAUCGUCUGCGAUGCCGCGGCUGAACGCGAGAGGCCAGAACCUAGAAUUUGCGAAUGCCAAAAUGGAGGCAUAUGUAGAGAAUCCGAUGAAAAUAAUGAUUUAACGUGUGACUGUUUGCCUAAUUAUCAUGGACAAUUCUGUGAUAUUCACACUGCACAUAGUAGGGCGGGAGAUGAGGCGAACACCACAGCUAUCGUUGUUCCCAUCGUUGUUAUACUGUUAGUUUUGGGUGCAGCAACGGGAGUUUGGUUCUUCAUAAGAAAACGACCUUUUGGAAAAGGCUCCGGAUUAGGAAGCAUUGCCAGCAGUCAGAGUGUAUCCUUCAGACAAGGAACAAAUGUGGAAUUUGGAGCAAAUACAUUCAAUGCCAACGGGGGAGGUGGAGCUCCUGAACCACUUGACGUAGCGUAUAGUCUGGAUUCAGUUGGUAACAAAAAUAGAGAUUUCCAUAAUCCUAUGUAUGAUGCUGUCCAGAAUAAUCCCGACGCCAUUGGAAAUGGAAGUUCUGCGCUGUAUGAAGUACCUUCCGAGAUCGGGAAAAAUAAAGGCGAAACAUUUAUAGAACCCCCUAGUGCGGUCAUUGCACCUUCGAGUGUAACACACAGGUCGUCACCGCAAGUACAAGUGAAGCACCGUGAAUUAGACCCGGCAGCACAAGACACAGGGAAAGAUACCCAAAAGUUAGUUGAAGAAGACUGCUGAUACAAAGUAAAAAUUCCAAUAUUGCAAAUGAAUAUUAACUUUAGAUAAUGGUACUACCAGGUCAAAGAAUUUUAAAGUGACUCGAAAUUUAUCAAAAAAAUAUGUAUUAGUCACUAAAAUAAUUUAUUGUUUUUAUCAAGGUACAUUUUUUAACGAUAUUUGAAAUUUAAAAUUUUUUUAAAAUGACACUUGAAAUGAAGCAUAUAUUUUUAUAUUGUUGCAAGGAUUUAGUUCAUUCAAAUAGACUAGCCCAAUUAUUCAUACCUUUGAAAAAUUUGGUGUUAUAUAAAUAACUAAAGUGCCAUUGAUACAUAAAAAUAAAUUAUACGAAAUGAUUGCGCUAGUUUAGUUCGAUGAACAGAUUGCAGAAGUGGUUUAAUAUGAGCAACUAAAAUAAAUCUUCCAUUUAAAUAAGAUUUUUUGUAAAUAUAGAGUAUAAUGUAAUAUAAAAUUUUAGUAUUAUUUAGAACUCGAUAGGUAAUUUUUAUAAAAUGAAAAAUUAAUUUUAUAUAUCAGUUCUUUAAUAUCUAUUACUGAUGUGCACCGUCCAAUAUUGUUACAUAUUUCCGAAAUAAAUGUGGUAUUGAGUUUAGAAUCAUAAAAAAGUAUUGUUUUAAUUAGUUUGAAUUUUAUUGAAUUGUUAUUUAAUUCAUAUAAUUUUAUAUAAAAGGAACACAACUGUUGAUAUGUUGUACAUUCGCAUUAUGGUUAUUGUUAAAAUGUCCUUUAAACAGGAGACAAAAAUUUUCCAGACGAAACGUACUUAUACACAUUUUAAGAAUACCCAUAAUUUAUAUAUGUAAUUUAAUUUUGUUGCAAAUUAUGUAUAACUUUGUACAUAUUCUGGGAGCAAUCUGUUUUACAGUAAAUAAUAUAGAGGUUGUUUAUUA